CUCCCCCACCCAAUCAGGAGCUGCGCUUAAACCUGUCAGGGAGUCACAACGAGUGCGGCUGUCAACUCGCGGGAGGAUAACAAAGAGCGCAGGGGGCUCCUCCUAUAGCGGGGCUGUCACUGGCUCACACGUACCGGCACCACAAGCAGCUCAUCCACCGAGAGCCCGUGCCAGCCCCUGCACCAUGGCCGAGCAGCACCUGCAGCACUCGCACGGGGAACGACUGGAUCCCACAGAGGAUGCGGAACUGGCGCUAGUGGGGAUCAAUAUGCUCUUAAAUAAUGGCUUCAAAGAGUCCGACCAGCUGUUCCGGAAAUACAGGAAUAGCAGUCCACUGAUGAGCUUUGGCGCUAGUUUUGUCAGCUUUUUGAAUGCUAUGAUGACUUUUGAAGAAGAAAAAAUGCAACUGGCAUGUGAUGAUUUAAAAAUGACUGAAAAGCUGUGUGAAAGUGAUGAAGGAGUCAUAGAAACCAUAAAGAACAAAAUAAAGAAAAAUGUUGACGUUAGAAAGUCUUCUCAGUCCAUGGUUGAUCGGCUGCAGAGGCAGAUAAUUGUUGCAGACUGUCAGGUUUACAUUGCGGUUCUGUCCUUUGUUAAGCAGGAACUGUCAGCUUAUAUAAAAGGUGGGUGGAUCUUGCGCAAAGCCUGGAAAAUAUACAACAAGUGCUAUGUGGACAUAAAUACCCUUCAGGAAAUGUAUCAGAAGAAGAUCUCUCAGGAGUCUGAUGCGGCAAAUGAUAAUCACAUUGACGCUGAAGGUGUCACCGAGGAAUCUCUUAACAGGCUGAAAGGUGCUGUGAGCUUUGGCUACGGACUUUUUCACCUUUGCAUAUCCAUGGUGCCCCCAAACCUGCUCAAAAUCAUCAACUUGCUGGGUUUUCCGGGAGACCGUCUGCAGGGGCUUUCUUCACUGAUGUAUGCAAGUGAAAGUAAGGACAUGAAGGCCCCUUUAGCUACGUUGGCAUUGCUAUGGUAUCACACCGUAGUCCGCCCAUUCUUUGCACUGGAUGGCAGUGAUAGCCAAGGAGGACUGAAAGAGGCCAAAGAGAUUCUUAAAAAGAAGGAAUCCGCCUACCCCAACUCUUCUCUAUUUAUGUUCUUUAAGGGAAGAAUACAGAGAUUAGAGUGUCAAAUAAACAGUGCCUUGACUUCUUUCCACACUGCUCUGGAACUGGCAAAGGACCAGAGGGAGAUCCAGCAUGUUUGUCUGUAUGAAAUAGGUUGGUGCAGCAUGAUAGAAAUGAACUACAAGGAUGCCUUCCAAUCGUUUGAGAGAUUAAAGAAUGAAUCACGGUGGUCCCAGUGCUAUUAUGCUUAUUUGACUGCAGUGUGUCAGGGGGCCAACGGGGAUGUGGAUGGAGCACAUGAUGUAUUUAAAGACGUCCAGAAACUUUUCAAAAGAAAGAACAACCAGAUUGAGCUAUUCUCUGUUAAAAAGAGUGAAAGAUUUAAAAAGCAAAGUCCAACCAAAGAGCUGUGUGUUCUGGCUGCUAUCGAGGUGCUGUAUCUGUGGAAGGCUAUUCCCAACUGUUCCCUCUCUAACCUCCAGCACAUGAGCCAAGCUUGCCAUGAAGUGCUGGAUCCAUCUGUUGUGGGUUUGCGGAGUUUGCUCCUUGGUGCAAUACAUAAAUGUCUUGGGAACACGGAAGAUGCUGUUCAGUUUUUCCAACGCGCUGUUAAAGAUGAAAUAGGCCGUCAGUUGAACCUGUAUGUUCAACCGUAUGCUUGCUAUGAACUGGGCUGCCUUUUGUUGGACAAUCCAGAGACUGUGGCAAAAGGGAAAACGUUACUUUUUCAGGCAAAGGAAGAAUACACCGGCUAUGACUUUGAGAACAGAUUGCACGUACGGAUACAUGCAGCCUUCGCUUCUCUCAGAGAAGUGGUCCCUCAAUGACGCAGGGUCUAUCUUACACUGGUUUCUGCACUUUAAUGAGAAGCAGAGGAUCAAAAAGACUGGGCAAAAUAGAGGAACCUGCAUUGUUCCAAAAAAAAAAAAAAAAAAAUGUGCCAGAACCAAGCACAGAAUUGGCAUUGUUUGCCAGAAAUGGAAUUCACUUUUUUUUUAUUAACCUAACCUAGGUGAUAAGCAAGAGUACCAUGUAAUAAAGCCUAUUCCUCUGCUAGGUUGGUAGACAAGUAGUUUGGCUGCAGCACACACUAAUACUGAGCAGCAGCUCCAUCUACUGGACACAUUACACAACUGUAUAAGCACUCUUUUUAAUUAGCGUAAAGGAAAAUAACUUUAACAAUGGACACCAUUAAACUCCAGAGGAUAAUAUUCACUGUAGUUGUGAAACUGUAGCUAUUGCUGCUGUUCUGCCAACAUUUACAUGGUGUGAUUCUGCCAUGCAACUCCCGUGCUGAAACUAUACAAAAUGAUAGUGCUUAAUGAAGGACUUUCCAGCCAGCACAUUGGUCCAUUCACUGAACUGCUGCAAAGAAAUUCCCAGUAUAAAGGGACACUGUCAUGCAGCUAAGACUUAGGAGAGACACACACAGUACCGCCGUGCCCUUUCUCUCCAUCACAACCCAUGCUGCCAUCUUGUACUGUCAGCUUUCACUAAAAUUUAUAUGGGAGCACUGGAAACAGUCCUAUAGUACCGUAGUUUUUAUGGUUGAGCUUAUUAGCUGAGGGAAACAUAUCCAAUCAUAUUUGUGGAUUUUGUUUUUUGGUUAAUGGUAAUAUCCCCACAUUCCUUAGCUGCAGUUCAUCUAUUAUUUGUGGGCCAUGGGAAAGUGCUUGUUUGUUUUUUCUGGCAUUUUUUGUAUAGGCUUCUAGGUAUAUGACAUUUUGAGAGAACUGACUGGUUUGCAGUAUUUUACUGGAUCAAUGUAAAACAAAAGGUUGGGAUACCUUAGCAGCUCCUUACCUUAGCACUGUUUUAAUUAAUUUGCAACUCCACAGAAAAUAUACAGGCAGCAUCUAUGUUUAAGUAUAAAAAUGGCUGACUUAUGUGAAACCUCAAUGUCACUUUUAGGUAUCUGGUCCUUUAUUCCAGAAACUCGAUGGUAACUAAACUGCAUGAAUCUGUAUUAGUAGCAAAACAAUCCUAGUGGAUUUAUUUAAGGUUCACAUGCAUAACUUAACCAUGAAAUAUUGAUUAACGCAAGGGUAUUAAGGGACUUGUUUCUUGUGCUGCUACUGCAUUGAACCAUAGGGUUCCCUUGCACAACUGCCACUUAAAAACAUGGCAGUCCAUCCAUGCGUUAGGCAGGUGCACUGUACUUGUAGUUGCUUUUUAUAAACUCUGAUGUGUUGACUUUACAACUGGUGGGAUAUCUCUGCACUAAGCAAGUAAAGCUGCUCUGAUUUACAGGUGUGGAUAGAAGAAUGUUAAAUGACAUCCAUCUAUACACUGACUUGUCAAAUAGAGGUAUGAGCUGUGGUACAGCAAGGGGGCAGCAUAAAUGUUUUUUUAUUGAUCCAGUAAAAUCUGAAUACCAAAUGUCCAAUCGUUUUUUUUUUUGUUUGUUUUUUCAAGAACUUGAUAACAGUGAAAGGCAAUACAGUAAAGAAUCUGUAGCACCUGUGCUUCUCUUUAGUACUUGAAAACAUUCUUUAUGUUCAACUUCAGGGAUCUUUUCAAUGAUCUUCAUGGCAGACAAAUCACUAUAUGUGUAGUGUGAGCUUGUCCUUACAAUGAGCAGUAAGGGAUGCAGUUGGUAGGUAAGACUUUCCCUUUGGUGUAUGGAAACCUUCUUUGUGCAGCCCUGAGCUAUUGUUUCUCUAAGACCUACAGAUGUAGCCUUCAUGUGUAGUGCAGUAACUUCUCUAUCUUCAGUACAAACCCACCAAAACAUUUGGGCUGCCCAGCCUUCAGUCCAUCAACCAUCUGAAGUUGUUACAUUAAUUGUGUAUGAAUGUAACAUUAUGCCAUAGGGGGAAAUUCCACUUACUAGACCAAGGGUUGUCCAAGGAGCUGGCUUCCAGCUCUUAGCUCUAAAAAUUGGAGAUAUGUAAAAACCACCAAAAACUACAAAAAACUAAUAAAAAAUGUUGGCAAGUAAAAGCAGUUGAGUUCCCAUAGAAGUUGAAGGGAUCUGCGCUUUCCCAGUUGCAUCAUUUUUAAUCCGUUCUGACUGUUGGAGGUUUUCAAAUUUUUUUUUUUUUUGCCAGUAAUUGGCUGAAAAUUGUUUUGCAGAUUGUUCAUCGUUUUCUUUUUUGUCAUUUGUGCUUUUUCCUAUUUAGAUCCAUAUCUUUCUAUUUAAUGACUUUCAUGGCAUUCGUGUUUUAAAGAGUUUAGUGAGUUUAAUUUUGGUUUCAAAAAGUACACAAGCCUGGAUUUUGAUAUAUGGGCCUCCCCGAGUCUGCAUCUAAACAGAAGUCUGAUUCUGAAGUUACUGCAGUUAGAAUGUUUAGUUCCCUUGCUGUUUGUUACUUGCACUCCUGCUUCUUCCUUGAGUGGCUUCAGCAACCAGUUGCUUCCAUUAGGCAGAAAGCAUAUUGUGCCACUAAUAUUGAUAUGUACCUCAUACGCCUAUGGGAUAACGGCAGCAUUCCCUGCAACUAGCAGGUCAGCCCGUUCAUUUUAAGCCGUGAAAAUGGAUUCUGACUGCAACGACAAUUGCAGUAGCUGCUAUAGUCCCAUGUCCCUCUAAUGUACAGCAUUUUCUGCCUCUAAAGCAAACCCGUCUCUUCGUUCUCUCUUUCAAUUGCCCAGUCACAAAAGCACUGCUGGGGUUCAGCUUGAUCCUUGCUUUACAAUGAUUUUAGGCAGCAUACAUUUUCAAUAAUUCAUAGUUGGGAAAAUGUGAAUUGUAGGCAGAAUCUGGUAACAUCUUGGCCAUUUGUGAUCUGAUUCUGUUGGACUGAACCACAGUCACAUUGAUUAUCCUUAUAGGAAUUCUUUAAAUCAUUUCCAUCACUUGCACACAAGAAGGAAGCUGUUCUAUUGACUCUCUCGGCCUCAUUGGCUCUCUCCAACUGGAUCUCAUUGCCGCUGGCUGCAGACAGUGCUCUAAAAAAAGAAUAACCAAUCCAUUUAUUCACUUCAUACAUAGAGGUCUGGCAGAAAUGUUACACAAGUAUUGUUUACAUUAGAUUUUGCCUGUGAUGAGGACUGUAUUGUAGUCGCUGAAGGAUUCUACUCGGAGGCAUGGUCUAUGAGCAAUAAAGGGACUGUGUGUGGAUCAUGCAGGUGAACCUGUCUAUGGCUUGUCCAUCAUUUAUUGUAUUUAGUUGGUUUCUAUUAUUUGCAGAUUAGAAAAUAAUAAUAGAUGUUACCAAAAAGCCUAGAGUAGAAUAUUUAUUGUAGUGUAAUGUUACCGAAUACACUUUUAUAUUUCCUUAAAGACAAUAAAAGGAAAGAUGUUU